AGAGGAGCGUCGCGGAUGCGAAGCCAACGCUUCUGAAAACAUCGAAAAAUGGUGCCCAGUGGAAGAAAACAUGCCGGGAAAUCUGUGAAGACAUCCAUGGAGAAUCAGAUUAUAAAAGCCUGUGACUCUGAGAAAGAAGAUAAAAAAGAUCUGAGUGGUUCAGAGGAGGAUGUCAUUGAAGGGAAGACUCCAGUACUUGAUAAGCAUGGAAGGAAAAGGACUUUUGCAGGAAUAGUUGAAGAUGUGGGGGGUGAAGUACAGAAUAUGCUGGAAAGAUUUGGAGCUGGUAUUAACAAGGCUCUUCUUGCCAAGAGAAAAAGACUAGAAAUGUAUACCAAGGUUUCUCUCAAAACCAGUAACCAGAAAAUUGAAAAUGUUUGGAAAACCCAGCAAGAGCAAAGGCAGAAGCUUAACCAAGAAUAUUCUCAGCAGUUUCUGACUUUGUUCCAGCAGUGGGAUAUAGAUGUGCAGAAAGUUGAGGAACAAGAAGAAAAACUUGCUAAUAUGUUUCGACAGCAACAAAAAAUUUUUCAACAAUCUAGAAUUGUUCAGAGCCAGAGACUGAAAACAAUUAAACAAUUAUAUGAGCAGUUCCUAGAGAGUAUGGAGGACUUGGAGAAGAAUCAUGAUAAUCUACUUACUGGUGCACAAAAUGAACUUAGAAAAGAAAUGGCUAUGUUGCAAAAAAAAAUUAUGAUGGAAACUGUAAGUUAUAUUUAAAAUUAAAAAAGUAAGGAUUAUUGUAAGCAUUGAAAUAUUUUAUUUGCUGAAAUAUGUAUAACACAUCUAAAAAUUAAACAAAUGUUUAAUAUCUCCUUUCAUGUAACAGCAGCAGCAAGAGAUGGCAAAUGUUCGAAAGUCUCUUCAAUCCAUGUUACUCUGAUGACUCUUUGAAGGAAGAACUUGAACCUAAGUAAUAUGAUACAAUUAUAACAUUAGCUAAGAGGCAUGCAAGUCUUUAGAGUGGGUUAAAAUUCUAGUUUAAAAUAUUACAUCAUAUUAAUCAUUAACUUAAGUGCAAGAUCCUUCUUUUUGUUCACCUCCAAAUAAAAUAUGAAGUUAUGUGAGUAGCAGCAAUUCCUAAAUUAUAUGUACCACUGUGCUUUCAGCUCUUUAAAAAAAUUAACUCACUAAAAGUGAAUAUUUCUCUCUAACAUCUGUCAGUUAACUUUUAGCAAUAAAGAUGAUUUAAUU